AUGGCUGACAGGCACGAGACUUUCCGCUCCCCUCCUACCACCACUUUCUCGGGCGUUGGCCUCAGUGCUUCCCCCGCCACGGGAGAUAUGCCGCUGCCGCAGAGCUCUUCCCUUACGCUCCCGUCCCCUCCGUCCGAGAUGGAGGCGAAAUUCUACUACGCCGGCCUGCCCUCUGCCCCGGUCUUGGUCGCUCGCACUAGCACGACUCGGUGGGAGGCGCCCACAGGCCCGGAGGCGUACCGGAAGCUCAAGGAGCUGCGCGCCGUCGGCAACCACGCGCUCAAGGAGGCCUGGGAAGGCAACCUGGCUCUCAAGCUGCACGCCCUUCUGGACUCGAUGAAGGUAAAGUGGACUAGCACCGACAUCGUCCGCAUCGGGAACAGCGGAGAGUCUUCCGCGCCCAUCAUCCUCUGGAUCGGCGUGAUGCCCGCAUCUCUCUCUGGCGAUGACGGCGUCGUCGUGGCCUCCAAGUGCCGGGAGCUUCUUGUAGAAUACGAUAUCGUCGACGUCGACGUCGAGAUCCGCGAGUCGGUUGUUACCCGUUGGGCCGGUCCCGAGCUCUUCACGUCCACCUAUUCAUCCGACCCCACCGUAGAUGUCCGCGCACGUCUUACCACUACGCUCGGUCUCCCCAUCUGUGCCCAGUCUACGCCUUGGUCUGAGGGUACCAGCGGCUUCUUCAUUACCGAGGGCGGGAAUACCGAGAGGCUCCUCCUCGUCACCGCUCGCCACGUCAUCUUCACGCCGGACAAGAACGAGAACAAGCACUUCGAGCGUAAGAACGACAGCCAGCGCCGUUAUAACGUCACGCUCUUCGGCGAUGCGGCGUUCAACAAGUACGUCGAAUCUAUCAAGGCCGAGAGCGGAGGUAAGGCACUUAUCGCCCAGUAUCAGGAGCGACGUAUUAGGGCGAUUGAGGGCAAGAAUGACCCAGCAGCGAACAAGGAGCGCCAGAAGGCCCAGGCCGAGUUGGACGAGGUGAGAGAGGCGAUGGAAGAGCUCAACACCUUCUACCAGGACGUUUCGACUCGCUGGGCCACCCCGGAGAGCCGCGUUCUAGGCCAUGUCAUCCUCUCUCCUCCCAUCAACGUCGGCGUCGGCAGCAGCAGCGACGAGGGUUAUACCGAGGACUGGGCCGUGAUUGAGAUCGAUGCCUCCAAGGUCGACGCGAGCAAUUUCAACGGCAAUGCCAUCGACCUCGGUACCCGCAUCCCAGCCGACGAGUUCACUCAUAUGAUGUACCUCAAUCCCCGGAGUGCCCAUUCCUUCACGUAUCCAGGCGACCAUCUUCUGAGGCUCAAGGGCACCAUUCCGGACGAGGAGAUGCGUCACCCGACUGCACUCGACGAGAACGACGACCCGUGCCUUAUGGUGAUCAAGCGCGGUAACACCACUGGCCUGACCGUCGGCUGUGCCAACGACAUUUGCUCCUACGCCCGUAAGUACUACGACGAUGACAAAGCCAAGACCUCCAAAGAAUGGGUCAUCCUCCCGUUCGACUCCAAGUCCGGCGCCUUCUCGGCCAAGGGUGACUCGGGUUCUAUUAUCGUCGACGGCCUCGGACGCAUCAGCGGCCUCCUCACCGGCGGUGCUGGCGCCACGCCUUCCUCGGACGUCACCUACGCCACGCCCAUCAGCUUCCUCCUCAAGCGCAUGCAAGACAACGGACUCCGCAAGCCCAACGUCAACACGGUCCUCACCGCCUAG